CGGUAACUCCUUUCCAUUAUCCAGUGGCGGACGCAGAGGAGAUGGCGGCUAGAGGUAGUUUUCAAUCAGCUCCAACUGGAGGUAGUGGCGGCGGAGGAAUGGGACCUGGACCUCCGGUGCAAGGUGGAGGCCCAGGCAUGGGACCUGGGACUCCCGGAGGAAGGAUGGGACCCUCAUCAGGCGCACAGAACCACCUCUAUCGCUCCCCGAUGCCUGGGCCUGGAUACCCGAGACCCGGUGGGAUGCCCCCAUCCAGCCGUAUGACCCCCCAAGGUCCGUCCAUGGGGCCCCCAGGCUAUGGCUCCAGCCCCGUGGCUCGUCCCGGGAUGCCUGGUGUCAUGGAUCCCUCCCGCAAGAGGCCCGCCCCUCAGCAGAUCCAGCAGGUCCAGCAGCAGCGUAACCAGCAUACUAAGAAAAAGAAGAUGGCGGAUAAGAUUCUACCUCAGCGAAUCAGAGAGCUGGUGCCAGAGUCUCAGGCCUACAUGGAUCUGCUGGCCUUCGAGCGGAAGCUGGACCAAACCAUCAUGAGGAAACGUCUAGACAUCCAAGAGGCCCUCAAGAGACCCAUCAAGCAAAAGCGAAAGCUUCGCAUCUUCAUAUCCAACACCUUCAACCCCGCCAAGCCUGAUGCAGAGGAUGGAGAAGGCACUGUUGCAUCUUGGGAGCUCCGUGUUGAAGGGCGCCUGCUUGAAGACACUGCUGUUUCCAAGUACGAAGCCACCAAGCAGAAGAGAAAGUUCUCGUCCUUCUUCAAAUCUCUGGUCAUCGAGCUGGACAAAGAUCUGUACGGUCCGGACAAUCACUUGGUUGAGUGGCACAGGACCGCGACCACUCAGGAGACUGAUGGCUUCCAGGUGAAGCGACCGGGCGAUGUGGGCGUCCGUUGCACUGUCCUGCUCAUGCUGGACUACCAGCCCCCUCAGUUUAAGCUGGACCCUCGCCUGGCUCGGAUGUUGGGGAUCCACACCCAGACCAGGCCGGUCAUCAUCCAGGCCCUGUGGCAGUAUGUCAAGACCCACAAGCUCCAGGACCCCCACGAGAGAGAGUUCAUCAACUGUGACAAGUAUCUUCAGCAGAUCUUUGAGACCCAGCGGAUGAAGUUCUCUGAGAUCCCCCAGCGUCUCCAUGCUCUCCUGAUGCCUCCAGAACCCAUCAUCAUCAACCAUGUCAUCAGUGUGGACCCCAACGACCAGAAGAAGACGGCCUGCUACGACAUUGAUGUGGAGGUGGACGACACCCUGAAGACCCAAAUGAACUCCUUCCUCCUGUCCACUGCCAGCCAGCAGGAGAUCGCUGGCCUGGACAACAAGAUUCAUGAGACUAUUGAAACCAUCAACCAGCUAAAGACCCAGAGAGAGUUCAUGCUCAGCUUUGCCAGAGACCCACAAGGAUUCAUCAACGACUGGCUUCAGUCUCAGUGCAGGGACCUCAAGACUAUGACCGAUGUGGUCGCUAACCCAGAAGAGGAGAGGAGAGCCGAGUUCUAUUUCCAACCGUGGGCCCAGGAAGCUGUGUGCCGUUACUUCUACUCCAAGGUGCAGCAGAGGAGACAGGAGCUGGAACAGGCCCUGGGAAUCCGAAACACCUAGACAAGACGGUGUCUUUAACAGACACAGGCCAACAGAGGAAGAAGGGAAUGGCUUGUGGUUCUAGGCAUAAGGAUGACCAGUGUGGGACAUGAAUAUACCUUAAAGGCCCCUGACUUUUACAACAACAAAAAUACAUAGAUAAAUAUCUUGGAUACACUGUUUUCCUGCUGGUGGUAACUAUAGGAUAUCUUUUUUCUUUUUUUACCGCCACUCAGCAGCCAAUGUUUUUUUUUUCUUUUUUUUUAAGGUCUACGUCUUACCUCAAUGCAUUCCCUUUCUGUGCUGACCUCUCGCACAGAUCACUGGUCUUUGAUUUUUAGGCCAAAAUGAGUUUAAAAUGACCCCCAACUAAGUAUUGAUACUCCUUCCUAAUAACUAAUAUUGUAUUUAUUUUUUUAGAUGGUGAUGUCAACUCAGGUCAUUGCAUUUGGCUGUAAUAGGAGCAUUUGGCCUUUCAAAUUCCACUCUGAAUCCUAACUUAUUAUGGUGAACACUACGAUUCUGGUCUUGAUAGGUUUUGAUGGGUUUAAGUGAAUAUUCAAUUGUCAUCUAUAUUUUUUUUUAAUUUUUUUUUUCCUCCAAGGUUAUUUUUGAGUGGCUCUCGUCCAGAAUUCUAACUGUAGAAUAUUGUGUACCUCAAAUUUAGUUUGUCUCCUUUGUGCUUCAUUAAGCUCCUUUGAACACUUCAGUUGGAUAACAGCAAACCAGACUGUACAUGUUGUGAAGAUUUAGCAUAUUGGUUUAUGUAAUCAUUAAUGGGGCAUUUUUAAUUUUGAACUUUUUUGUGGAGCUCAUUUUAUUUUAUUUUUGGAAAGUAUUAAUUAUAUUAACACGUUAGUUAGACGUACUGAAUAUGGAAUUAGUGUUUAGUAGUAAGUACCUCAAGUCUAUCUAGUUUUGUAAAUACUGAGCAGCAUAGUCUGACAAUCGACGUAGAGAGAAAAAAAACAAUUUUCACGUUUUCUUUUUUUCUUUUUUGACUCAUUGUCUAAUGCUCAGAUAGUUUGACUGACACGCUCCCCUUCAAGUAAUCCCAAUGUUUUGAUACUAUUUGAUGGAGCUUUCAAAAAAGAAAAAUCCUGGUGAAUGUAAUAUCCUUGUCAUAGGCUAUUUUUAGUGAGUGAAAGCCAUCCACACUUGAGGAUGAACGACGAGCUGUGGUCACUGCUAGAUUUUACAUAUUUAAGAAAAACUAGUGGGUGGGAUUAGUAUGAUAGAAAGCUGGCAGUGUUUCCUUUGAAACUUGUAAUGUUAAGGAUGUUGGAAGCUUGAUGAUUGGGCUCAGUUUAUCCGUUUAGUAGUCUUGAAUUAAAGUGCCAUUCAUUUUAAAUUGUGAUUAUUACCUUUAUUGAAUUGUAUUUUCAAUACAUGUUGUGAUUGUCCUCAUUACUCCCAAGACUGUAAAAGAUGAUACUGAGUACUGGUUUAAAUCUUCUGACUUAAAUUGUAUUUUCCUUCCAUGGACCAAACCUAUUUUUUUCCCUGUAUGUUUCAACCCUCUGCUAUAAUAAAGGAGAUCUCCAAUGAUGA